CCUGACACGCCUAUAAAUAUACACUCUUCAUUCCCCGUAAUCUUCACCACUCUCAAAACCCUACAACAUAUCUGGAAAACUAGGGUUUUGUAGAGCCGUUCUUCAGAUUUUUAUCUCUAAAAUUAUUCAAGCAAAAUGGGCAAGUCUAGCAAGAAAUCAGCUACCAAAGUUGAAGCAGCUCCUGCUGUAAUUCCUGCUAAGGCUGGGAAGCAAGGUAAGAACAAGAGGGAAGCAGAAGAAGACUUAGAGAAGAUUGUGAGUGCCAAAAAGCAGAAGAAAAAUGACGGAGUAGCUCAGGCUGUCCAGAAGGCAAAGGUUGAAACUAAGACCCUGAAAAAGAAGAAACAUGAGUCCAGUGAUUCUGAUGACUCCUCAUCGGAGGAAGAAGAGGUUAAGGUUCUGCCAAAGAAGGCAGUGAAGCCAACUAAAACACCUGCCAAAGAAUCCAGUGACUCUGAAUCAGACUCCGGAUCUGAGCUGGAAUCUGAUGAGGAGCCACCUGUGAAAGCUACUCCUGCCAAGAAGGAGCCAAUUGCUGUAAAAAAUGGUUCCCAUGGUGCUGCUGCUAAGAAGGGAAAGGAUGACAGCAGCAGUUCCGAGUCUUCAGAGGAUGAAUCUUCUGAUGAUGAGGAAAUUCCCGCAAAGGCUUCUGCUCCUAAGAAUGUUCCUACACAACCAGCUACCAUUAAAAAGGUUGAAUUAAGUGAUGACUCUGAAAGCGAUUCUGAUGAUAGUGAAUCCACUGAUGAUGAUAAGGGUGCAUCUACAAAGGCUGCUUUUCCUAAGAAGGUUCCUGCACCAGCUGCCCAGAAGAAAGCUGAUUCAAGUGAUGAUGACUCUGAUUCCGAUGAAUCCUCUUCUGAAGAUGAGACUCCUGCAGCAAAGGCAGCUGUUGCUUCCAAAAAGCCGUCCUCUGUAACUGAAACAAAGGAAUUGAAACAGGCAAAAGCAACUGCUCAAAAGGAAAGUAGCAGUGAAGAGGAGAGUUCCAGUGAUGGCUCAGAGAGCGAGGAAGAUAGUGAAGAUGAAAAGCCAGCAAAGACUCCAAAGAAAAAUGACACUGAUGUAGAGAUGGUUGAUGCUGAUAUAAAGUCUGAUGUCAAAACUCCCAAGACGCCUGUUACACCAGUUGCUCAUGAGAAUACUGGGUCAAAGACACUUUUUGUUGGAAACCUAUCAUUUCAAGUUGAACGUGCUGAUGUGGAAAAUUUCUUUAAAGGGGCUGGGGAAGUUGCUGAUGUUCGCUUCGCCUUAGAUGCAGAUGAGAGGUUUAGGGGCUUUGGCCAUGUUGAGUUUACCACAGCUGAAGCAGCACAGAAGGCUCUAAAAUUGCAUGGUAAUACUUUACUUGGCCGGGAUGUCAGACUUGAUUUGGCUCGCGAGAAGGGCUCAAAUACACCAUACAGCAAAGAUAGCAGCUCAUUCCCGAAGGGAGGGAGUGGUCAAUCCCAAACCAUUUUUGUCAGGGGAUUUGACAAGUCUGCCGGGGAGGAUGAGAUUAGGAGCUCUCUCCAGGAGCAUUUUGGUUCUUGUGGGGAGAUUAAAAGGGUAUCUAUUCCAACUGAUUAUGAUACCGGUGCCAUUAAAGGGAUGGCUUACUUGGAAUUUAAUGAUGCUGAUGCUUUGAGCAAAGCUUUUGAGCUUAAUGGAAGUCAACUUGGAGAAUACCGCUUAACUGUGGAUGAAGCAAAACCAAGGAGUGAUAACCGUGACAGUCGGGACAGUGGCCGAGGUCGUGGCAGAGGCAGUGGUGGUAGGGGUCGUGGGGGCCGUUUUGAUAGUGGACGUGGGGGCCGUUUUGAUAGUGGACGUGGGGGCAGAGGUGGUCGAGGACGUGGGACUCCUUUUAAACCCAGUGUGACCACAGCUGCUUCAGGAAAAAAGAAGACAUUUAAUGAUGACUACUGAGUGAAGCAGAUAAAGAUUUCGAAGGAUCUCUGCACCUGUUCUCCCCUUCGAAAGAUUAUUAUUUUUGGUAGUGCUAUUGUAGAAGAGAUUUUUUGCUUUUGUUUUCAAGCGUUAUUUAGGGGAUGUUUAUUUUCUUGCAAGCUCUCGAAGGGCCAGCCAUUAUGACUUAAAGCAAUUAUGCUGUGCUUAAAUUUAUCAUAUUUGAAGUUUUUACAUA